AAUAGUUUCUAUCACGCUUCUCGAGAUGGCGCACGUUGACAUGCUAAAGUUGCAGCAGUAUCAUCAUAUCAUUCGUAUCGUAAAGUGAUCUAGCACGCAUCACGUGGUUUUAUUUACGCGGUAACUUACGCGGUCUUCAUUACAACUGUUGCGAAAGGCCAAAUUGCAUUGGUUUCGGUAUGAACACGAGCAUUUGCGGACAGAUUUCACAGCUGACGUGCAACGUUAUUCGGAGAGACGUGUGUGUACCUGUUGGCCAUAUUGUGAUUGCUGAGAGAUGGGCUGGCAGCGAGUUGCAUACCGCCCUAAAGAGCUUGCUUCAAACAGUAGUUUCAGACCACUUGGGAUUGGUUGAUUUCUACCCAUCAAGUGACAGUGCUGUCCUGUACAUCACAGAGGCUGAUCUCCUCAGUGAGCAUGCUAUUAAGAGGAAGAUCGUAAAGUUGCGAAAGCGGCACGAACUGCAUCUAGGUCUUCGAGGAUGUGGACUGGAGCCUCGGCAACAGAACAAUGCUAAGAAGCCAUACGUCAUUGCCGAACAGGCCGAAGCCCUUCAAGAACAGUACAACAACUUGCAGCAGUUUGCAGUAAUGGAACUAGGAAUCCCUGUUAUGGCUGUGCAUAACCAACUUGAAGCAGCACAGCUUCUUGCUCAAAUGGAGGCUGUGGAGAGUGGAGAAAAGCAAAACCCUUUUUUAGCACCAUGGCGAUUACCUCCUUUGACUUCAGCACUUGCCACCUGCCUGCUACGAGUGCCUGGCUUAGGUGAAGUCAAAGCCAAGGCCUUGCUCCAGAAGUAUCACAGUGCGUUGACAUGUGGCCUUCGAGCAAUAGCUUCAUGCAGUACAGAAGACCUUACAAAAGCUGUAGGACCAGCAUCUGCAACAAGUAUUCACAAGUUCUUCAAUGGCCUCAAGUGAUGCAAGGGGCUAUGAAUAGAGAUGGCACGCUGUAGUGUUUACGCAUAAGGGCCAAUCAAAUGUAGACAGAUGUAUGGUUGGCAUUUGAAAGUUAGAUGGCACACAUCAUUGCUUGUACUACUGUGGCUUUGUGUGAAUUCUAUGAAAAUGUAACGUUGAAGGCUCAAUUUUGUGUUUCAUACCAAGUGCGUUCAUUUUGCCUACACUGCUACAAACCACUUCUCAGCAGUGCAUAAUAAGAAAUUGUGGAGCAUGAGUUCAGCAGUUCAACACAGCAUGCCUGUGAAAUCACUGAGUAACAAAUGCCGAAGUGCACGUGUGGUACAAACCUGCAUGGUGGCUGCAUGUGCACUGUCCGCUGGGUACUUCAUCAUUAAUGGUGACGAAGUCCGAAAUGCAGAUACAGUUGGCAUCUGUAGUGUUUCCUCUUUAAUAACUGCAGACGGCAUUGUCCCAUUUCUGCCAUAAGUGAAGAUAUGAUUAAUGUACAGAAAUGCGGGAGUCUAGAACAGGCCAUUGAUACCAAUGACAGAAAAAGAAGUACUACUGCAUAUGUGGUAUGUCUUUUUGUCCUGAACCUUUCGUAUCUUUAUUGGUGAACAGGAAGUAAAGAAAGAUGGGAAUAAGCAGGGUUUCUAUGAUGCUUACAUCUAUCUGCUGCACUGCUGCUUAGCACCUGCACCAAGUCAGCACUGCCAGUAGGAGGGUUUAGCAAAACCGUGAACCAUUCCGGCACAUUCAAAACGGACAGCUCGUUACAGCACCAUGCGAUUUUGUUAAGGCGAACCAAACACUCACAUAAUAUAGACCCGAGGAUAAAAGGGCAGUUGGUGUUUCUGAAGGCAACUACUACUGUGUGUGCAUAUGAAGCACAGCAGUGGCAAUGCACAUGGGCUGGUUUUCAGACAAGCUUAAUCUGCGUGCACCUGAAUGGCAGUAGAUAACUCAAUGAAGCAAUAAAUGCCUGUUUGAAAUACCUGCGAUGCUCUGUAUCUUGAGAGAAUGUGUAAUAACCCUGCAACUAUUAUUUUAUACCUGACAUUACCACCUGUUAAUAACUUUGUAGAAAUAAACAGUUUUUGUUAACUGAGUCAACAAAUAUUUAAGAUUUAAA